AUGUCUUCAGCUUUUACCGCAAAGAAUCCCAUUAUUCUACUAGUUAGUCCCUUAAACCCUGGUAAUCUACAAUCUGGUGAGGAUAGAGACCCAGAUGAGACUCUCGAAAAAGUCAAAAAAGAUCAGGAAGUUGGAACUUCCGUUCAAUACAUCGGCUUUCCUCAGAUUAUCCCAGAGGCAGCUCAUGAGCUUUUGAUCGACUAUAAGAAAGCCGUGUUGGAAUAUCGUAGCUGGGCCAGUCUCAGAUGUUGCAACACCACAUAUGCCAGUACCAGUGUGCCUCAGGAUGAAUCCGUAGCAUCGGCUGCAAAGCGGGUUGGCUACUUCGCUCGAGUGGCCGAUUAUGAUUUAAAGAAUGCUCCUUGGCUAUCGUCAUCCAAGAGUGAGACCAAGAACAAAAGCAUCAGUGUAUCCUCCAAAAAUUUCCAUGACGCUCUCGCGGACCAAUUUUUAGAGGGAUUCGUCUCUUUUCCCGCCAGUGGAUCCGGCGAUUUGGAGAACGUCUUCAAGGUUCUCACGAAGGCAGUCGAGACCCGGUCUCAAGUUAGUGACAACGUUCAGCAAUACUCAAUUUUACAGCGAUACGAAUACUCACCACGUACAGAAAGCAUUCGUUCAUUCAUUCGUACCUCUCUAUUCGAGAUUACUUCAGAAAUGGUUGAAACGCAGAAAAAGAAAAGUUCUUCAACCACUAUUAACGUUCCCAUCUCAUACAAUGAGUAA